AUGGCAGAUCUCUCCGGUCGCGCGACGCCUCGGCAAGGCCCGACGGACAUCGAGAAUCCGUCUAAAACGCCCUCCUGCGUUGCGUGCGCAACCAGAAAGGUCAAAUGCGAUCGCAACUAUCCCUGCUCGACCUGCGUUAAACGCGGUUCUGAGUGUGUUUACCGGGCUCAUCUCCCUUCGCGUCGUCGCAAACGGCCGCCCUCCGGCAGUGCGCAUGACUUUGCUCGCCCGAGUCCCGCGUCGCGUCCUGCAGGGCCCGUGGUAUCCCCCGUGCCUGUGCAAGAUAGGACUUCGGCGAUUUCGCGGGCUGAGCCCGGGGUGUUGAUUGCAGGGGGCGGCAGGUCCGUCUACAUGGAUAAUAAUGUUUGGACGAGUGUUCGAAAUGAGCUCCCCAGAGCAGAAGAAAUGUCGGAGAAUGACUCCAUGUCCUCUUUCGAAGACGUACAUGACGAAGUCUCCAUGCUGUUGGACCCAUCCCAGAAAAAAAGUCUAACCUCACUACAUCCGAGCCCAUUGCACAUAUUCAAGCUCUGGCAGACUUUCCUCCAGAAUGUGAAUCCGCUCAUCAAACUUUUGCAUACCCAGACCGCUCAGCAGCAGAUACUCGAGGCCACUAGCGAUUUGGCCGGGAUAUCAAAGGAGUUUGAGGCAUUGAUGUUCUGCAUCUAUUGUCUCGCUGUGGUAUCCUUGAGCGACAAAGAAGUUCAAGAUUCUUUUGGAGAGGAGAAAACAGUCCUCCUUGCGCGAUACCGACGGGGUGCUCAGCUUGCGCUGGCGAAAGCAGGGGUCCUACGGACUUCGAGCAUAGUGGUGCUGCAAGCUUUUCUACUAUUUCUGCUUUCCAUGCGUGCCUUUUCCGACUCCGACUCUGUCUGGUCUCUGUGUGGUGUGGCAGUGCGAAUGGCCCAGCGGAUCGGUCUCCACCGGGACGGCUCCCAACACGGUCUAUCCGUAUUCGACACCGAGAUGCGACGUCGUUUGUGGCUCCAGCUAAUAAUCUUGGAUGCUACCACUGCCCAGAGUUCCGGUAUCACGUCGCAAACCUCUCUGAUGAGGGCUGACGUGCGACGCCCCUCCAAUGUGAACGACAGCGACCUGGACCCUCGCAUGACGGAGAGCCCUCGCGAGCACGACGGCGCUACCGAGAUGAUAUUCUGCCUGGUGCGGAAUGAAUUCGGAGAAUGGCUGGAGCGCUGGUCCAAGGUGAACGUGUUUUCCAAUGGGAUUUGGGGGUUUCUGAGCUCGCCUUCGCUUUCGCUCGCGACAAAGGACGAAGCGAUCAAUGAGCUCAGCGGCGCGCUGGAGUCCAAAUUUCUCCAGGAUUGCGAUAGGUCCAUACCGUUGCAUCUUAUUACAUCUAUUGUGAUCCAAACCAUCAUUUGCCACAUGAGACUCGCGGCACAUCAUCCUCGUCAGUAUAGCAGCGGAGAGAGCAUCGACCAGAAGGAGCGAGACUACAUGUUUUCCAUCUGCCUGCAGAUGGUGGAGAAUUCUGUCGCGGCGCAAACAAGUACCGUCAUUCAGCGAUACGCAUGGCAUGUAGAAAACCAUGUUCCGUGGGAUGCCUGUAUACACAUGCUAUACGAACUGGGACAUCGCGUAAACGACCAGGAAACCGGAAGAGCCUGGCGCCUCCUCGACGAGAUAUACCGCCACCACUACUGGCAGAUGAAGAACCGACCGAAAAAUCCGCUCUAUAUUGCAAUGCGAAGACUCCUUGUGAAGGCUUGGAAUGCAAAUACCGAGGAGCGCGCUCGCCAGAACAAGCCAUUGUUACCCCGUCCGUGGAUUAUCUCGACGCUGUCUGUAGGGACGAAGGCACAAGAAGCAGCUCAUGAAUCAGGGAUCGCGACUUCUCAGUCAACCACUGCCGCACCAGAAGUGGUUCAGGGGAGCCAACCAGCCCCCGAAGUGCCAUUGGAGGUGCCAUUGGAUGUCAGUCAGGAGGUUGACUUCGGGGGCGACAUGGACGAUCUUGAACUCAGCCCAAUGAAUUGGGAAGAGUGGGACGAUCUGCUGCGGCAGUUUACCAAUAGCGAGGCUUUGGGGUAG